GCACCACAUUCACCCGCUGCCAGGAGAAGCCGCCCGGUGCUUGGAGGCUCAGUGCGUUCUGCCCGCGGUAGGACCCUGCCGCCGCGCCCCGUGCCGCCACCUCGUCGCCUGCGGGAGUCAUGGCAGGGCUCGGCCACCACGCCGCCUUCGGCCGGGCCACCCACGCCGUGGUGCGGGCGCUGCCCGAGUCCCUCGUCCAGCAUGCGCUGAGGCGCGCCAAGGGCGAGGAGGUGGAUUUCGCCCGUGCGGAGCGGCAGCACCAGCUCUACGUGGGUGUGCUGGGCAGCAAGCUGGGGCUGCAGGUGGUGGAGCUGCCGGCCGACGAGAGCCUCCCGGACUGCGUGUUCGUGGAGGACGUGGCCGUGGUAUGCGAGGAGACGGCCCUUAUCACCCGACCCGGGGCGCCGAGCCGGAGGAAGGAGGUUGACAUGAUGAAAGAAGCAUUAGAAAAACUUCAACUGAAUAUAGUCGAGAUGAAAGAUGAAAAUGCAACUUUAGAUGGUGGAGAUGUCCUAUUCACAGGCAGAGAAUUUUUUGUGGGCCUUUCCAAAAGGACAAAUCAACGAGGUGCUGAAAUCUUGGCUGAUACUUUUAAGGACUAUGCGGUCUCCAUGGUCCCAGUGGGCAAUAAUUUGCAUCUGAAGAGUUUCUGCAGCAUGGCCGGGCCUAACCUGAUUGCAAUCGGGUCCAGUGAAUCCGCACAGAAAGCCCUGAAGAUCAUGCAGCAGAUGAGUGACCACCGCUACGACAAACUCACUGUGCCUGAUGACGUGGCUGCAAACUGUAUAUAUCUAAAUAUCCCGAGCAAAGGGCACGUCUUGCUGCACCAAACCCCAGAAGAGUAUCCAGAGAGUGCAAAGAUUUAUGAAAAACUGAAGGACCAUAUGCUGAUCCCUGUGAGCAAUUCUGAACUGGAAAAGGUGGAUGGGCUGCUCACUUGCUGCUCAAUUUUAAUUAACAAAAAGGUAGACUCCUGAGUCACAGAGUCUCUCCUUGUAGCUGGCAAUACCGCACACACAAGGCCAAUGAUUCUGUACCCACUUCUGUUGUUUUCAUUGACAAUCUACUGUGCCACUGUGCUACUAACUCUUGUUUACAAAGAUUUAAUUUUAAUUUUAAUUGCUUCAUUUUUGUGCCCUACCCUGUCUUCCUUCAUGGUGGUACCUAAGCUGUGGAUUUGCUAAAUGAAUUAAGCAAUUUAGAAACUAUAGAGCUAAUGAACUAUUGAAAUGUGAAUAAUAAUAGUAAGGAAACACUCAUUUUAGUGUUGUAUUCUCAGUGUGAAAAUCAUUUUUUGCCAAUAUAUUGGGAAGAAUAUCUUCUUGAUCAGUCAGAUGAGUUGGGUUUUUUUUUCCUCGAUAUCAUUAAUCAUCUUUGAUUCCUGUGAAAUUCCCUGGUCUAUGUAUCUUCCCCCUUUCCCUCUUAUUUUAUUCAGCAGUCAAAACUUUCUUUCCAGUUAUUUUCUUUUGCCCUUCCCACUUCUAUUGCCAUCACCAUGACCUUGGGUAAAGCCCGAGGUCUCCCCUUCUGGAUACCUUCCUUCAAGUCCACUCUGUCUGCCAUCGGUUUCCUCUACCGCUCAGCUACAUCUACUGACCCCCCAGAAGGGCUUACAGGCUCCUUGGCAGAACCAUGACCAGAACUGGAGCAGCUGUUUGGGGGAGCAUUACCAUACAGAGACACAUCCUGAUCAUGUUUGCCCCAGAGAUCUAAAUUCCAGAAGAAGUAGGGCACCACACCUAGGAAGGUAAAUUCAGCACGAUAUGGUUGCUAAGGGAUUGUAGAUCAGGAAACUUGCAAUACAUGAAUACAACGUCUUAGAAAGUCUUUAAGGCAUGUUCCAUGAAUUUUUGCUUCAGUAUUAGACAUAUACAGACCUUGGAGAAAAGUCUUCCUUUUUCCUUAUUCAGCCCAUUUCUAUUUCCCCCCCACCCUGACUCAAUCUCUUUCCAGCCUUCUACCCUCUACAAUUAUCCUGUUCUAGCAAGGUUAUUUCUUUCAAAAGAGAUGUCCCGUCUAAAAAUGGUUAUUAAUGGUAUAGAUUAAUGGUAAUCAUAAUUAAUGGUAUGGAUUAGCCCAGAUAGAAUGGCGCCUCAUAGUCAUGGAGCAUGUUUAGGAAGUGUUUGAAACCAACCUCAGACAAUGGACAAUUCUGCUUUGAAACGUCCAUGAAUAUUUACUGUGGAAUUCAAGUAAAACUUCUUUCUUUAUAUUACAUAACUGUAAACUGACACGGUCUCUUACAAAGAACAAUGCCACACUGGAGGAAGAGAUCACUGUCUUUUACUUAAACCUGAAAGAAUUGGCCUAUUAGCAGGCCAGGGAAGUGGUACUUUCCCAGGGAUGAUGACUGACUCAGGCAUGUUAUCAAACUUCCCAGUCAUCUCUACCUUUCCUGUAUUGCCUGUGGCUUGUUGUUUAA